AUGCUUAGCCCUCAGCAAUACAAUCGGUAUACCGAAAUAUUAAAGAUCGUUCCCGAUGAUCCAGGAGAAGAAGUUAAGUUCUAUACUAAGUUGAUGAAGAACAAUGAGCAAUUUAAGAAAACAGAUCGAGAUUUUGAAACAUGGAAGAACGAUUAUGUAGUUCCAUGGAGCCCUCUAUUCGAUAUUGCGAUAGUUCUACUGUAUGUGUUCUUUGCGCUAACGUUCCAGACUACAAAAAUGGCCAUGUUCCAUAAUUUUAAUACGAUAUUCGAUAAUUACUUUAUGGGAGAUGCAGACGAAGAUGACGAUGGACUUACAUAUAUCUAUUUCAAGAGCGAAUUUGUCGAAAUCGUUAAAAAUGUCUCUGAAUUAUUUUUCACAUUUACUGACUCAUUCCCAGCGCAAUCAAAUUUCACUCGUAGUUCUAAUUUGACAGCAACCUUAAUUGAAAAAGGUAAACAAAAUUCAGUUUCAUAUUUCUGUCAGGAAAAUGCAUCUGAAGCUAGUGAGAUUGCAAGUGCUGCAGUCCAAACUCUUAACUUUAAAGAACUAUUACUUGAAGUUGAUUACUUGAUAGAAGAGUUUACAGAAAAAACAGAAUCAUUGAUCACUGUCAAGUACUCAAUGUCAUUCAAAGAUGUCGAUAACUUAGGCAUCAUUGAGUGGAGAUCGAAGUUUAAGAAGACAGAAGUUCAAUAUAUUGGUACAACAAUGUUCAUUGAUGCAUUACACAACGAAGUAUUCCCAAUUGCAAUACUUUUUGUCGAUGCUUUUGCAUUAUUGAUUACGAUUUCAAGGUUUAUGACCUUUAUUAAAUUUGCCCAAAAAUAUUCCAAAGAAAAUUACGUCAGUUUCGCAAAAUCCUUUUUAUGGAAUGUUAACGGAUGGGAAUUUUUCAACCUCUUUUACCAAUCUUUGACUCUUGUCACUAUUAUUAUCUAUAUUUUGAUUGUUGAUCCUAAUUUUGGUGGAGAAAGAUGGCUGCUCUUCCUUCUUGGAUGUUCUGCUUUCAUUCAUUCACUUGGUUUGUUCAGAUAUCUUAAGAUGAAACCAGAAUUGUGGAUGGUCGCAAGAAUCACAGGUAGAUCAUUAAGCAAAUCAUGCAUAUUUGCUGCUGGUUUUAUUCCAACAUAUAUUGGUUUCGUAUUCAUGGGAAUCUCCUUCUUUGGAUACUUCUGUAACGUAUUUAAAGGAUUCUUGAGAACAAUUAAGGUUUUGUUCUCAAUUUUCCACUCCGACAUUGUCAUGGAUACUGAGGAAUUGGUCAAAGAAGCAGCUGUUUGUCCAGAUUGGCUUAUUUAUACUUAUAUCUUCGCAUGGACUAAUUUAACAAACGGAAUUAUCAUUAACUCAACAAUUUCAUUUGUUGAAUGUACAAUUGAUUUCCUCAUUGGUGCCAAAUGGAAGAAAUAUGGUCGUCCAAACGUUACUUAA